CCCGGCCAUCCUCCCUCUCACACUUCGAUCCUCUCUCUCUCUUUCUGCUGCCAAAUUCUCCUCCGCUGGAAAAAUUUUCCAAGAUCCCUCACUCUCGACCUAAUUUUAUUUCGUCCCCCUAAAUCACCCAAAAAUGGGCUGCAACGUAAAAGAUAAAUCCCUCCGCGGCCCCCGCAAGCACCGCAACUCCUCCUCCAAGCCCCCUCCCGUCGCCGAUCCCAUCGCCGCCGACCAAAACCCUAACCCUAACCCUAGCUCCUUCGACGACGCUGGAUGGGGAUACUGUACAGAGGAGCAACUCGAGGAGCUCCUCCUGAAGAACCUUGAUUUCGUGUACAAGGAGGCCCUCGCUCGCGUGAUCUCGCUCGGCUACGACGAAACCCUAGCCCUGCGCGCGAUCCUCGCCAACGGACAUUUCUACGGAUCCGAGGAUGUCCUUUCCAACAUCAUUCACAAUACGAUCACCUACCUUAACCUCGCCGGCCUCGUAUGCUUGCUGCAGCAGCUCCGGCCUCAUCUAACCCGAGGCGAUGCGAUGUGGUGCCUCUUGAUGAGCGAGCUCCAUGUCGGCCGAGCCACCUCGAUCGAGAUCCCGUCCUCCGCCGCAGCCGCCGCUGGAGGAGGGCCUGGGACGUGCAAGCUUCAUGAUCCGAAGAGGAGGAUUCAGGUUCCUGGGAGAUUGAAUUCUAGAUCGGCCGGUGGCUUUUGUUGCACGAAUUUGGAGAGUAAAGAGAAAGAAUCAUCGUCAGAGUCGGAUGUGGUUGCGGCGGUGCUGAAGAGCCUGGAGAGCAUGAGUAUUGAGGACGAGAAGACAGAGGAUCAGAACAAAGAGAAGAAAGAAAGGGUUUUGAGCAUGAUACAAAAGAUUAGGGAUUUAGAGAUACAGGUUAAGGAGAGAAAAGAGUGGGCACAACAGAAAGCAAUGCAGGCAGCAAAAAAGCUAAGCAAUGAUCUGACGGAACUUAAAAUAUUGAGGAUGGAGAGGGAAGAGAAUCAAAGGGUUAAGAAAGGGAAGCAAGCAUUAGAAGAUACAACAAUGAAGAGGUUGUCGGAGAUGGAGACUGCGCUGAAGAAGGCCAGUGGGCAAGUAGACAGGGCGAAUGCGGUGGUGGGCAGGUUGAAUACUGAGAAUGCAGAGAUACGAGCAGAGAUGGAGGCAUCAAAGCUAAGUGCAUCGGAAUCUGUGAGGACUUGCUUGGAGGUGGCUAAGAGGGAGAAGAAAUGUUUGAAGAGGUUGCUGGUGUGGGAGAAGCAGAGGCAGAAGCUGCUAGAGGAUGUGGCAGAGGAGAGGAGGAAGAUUGAGGAGUUGCAGCGGCAGUUGAAUGAAGUUAGGGACGCACAGAAAGAGGCUGAGGCGAAAUGGAGACAAGAAAUAAAGGCCAAAGAGCAAGCAAUUACACAGGUUGAGGAGGAACGAAGGGCCAAAGAAGCAGCUGAGGCCACCAUCAAGAGAAAUCAAGAAUCACUGAGGAGAAGGAUCGAAGUAGACUUCCAGCGUCACAAAGAUGACAUUCAUAGGCUUGAAGAAGAACUCUCCCGUCUAAAAGCCAGCACAGUCUCGAUCCUUCCAACCAAAUCAUUCUCAAAUGCUUUGUCCUCAGUUGAUUUAGACUUGCCAAAGCCAGCUAAAGAAACCAACGCUAAGAUCAAUCAAGGGUCUACUAAACCAAAAAUUUCAUCAAAACAGAACCGCAAUAGAGAAUGUGUUAUAUGCAUGAAGGAUGAGGUUCAUGUGGUUCUUUUGCCUUGUGCUCAUCAGGUUCUCUGUGUCAGUUGCAGCGAGGAUCAAGAGAGGAGGGCAAAAGCUAACUGCCCUUGUUGCGGUACCCAAAUUGAACAGAGAAUCCGGGUUUUUGGUGCAAGCUGGUGAUUUUCAGAGUUUAUAGCAUCGGGUUGAUAUUUCAUAUAGUCGCUUUUUAUUUUUCAUUAAUGAGAAUAAGUUUACAUAUAUUGUUCUUGCUCUUUGGUAAUCAACAUGUGCACAGCGGUGAGAAAACCCUGGUUUUUGGAAAUAAUUUGGGCAGACACCUCAUUUUGGACGGUGUUUUUUUACAUCUCUUCCUUCUUUCUUUUUAUAUAGUUUGUAAGAUAUUUCAUGUGGAGAUCUCAGGGAUGUUUUCACAUGUUAAGAAGACUGUUUUGUUUCUAUUU